AUGCCAGCUGAAGGAUGGGAGGACUAUUUGUCCAGUAUUUACUUUAAUCCCAACCAUCCAGCAUCCUUCUCGGGUCCAUCAAAAUUAUAUUACAUCUUGAAAAGGGAAGGAAAAACUAAUAUAGGUUUACAUCGGAUCAAGAAGUGGUUAGCUAAUCAGGAUGCUUAUUCUCUACAACGUCCAUUGAGAUACAAGUUCAAACGCAACAGAGUGAUCUCAACAGGUUUGGAUUCACGUUGGGACUUAGAUCUAGCCGAUGUAUCGAACAUAGCCUCUGACAAUGAUGGAGUCAAAUACUUGCUAAUAGCCAUCAAUGUAUUUACACGGUUUCUAUGGGUGGAACCCCUUAAAGAUAAAACACCAGAUGCAGUCAUCAAAGCACUGAAGAAAAUAUUUUCUCGUGCUACUCUUCCACAGAUUAUAAGAUCUGACAAGGGUCGCGAAUUUGAUAACAAGAAAGUGAGAUCUUAUUUUAAAAGCAAGGGUAUCACCUACUAUGUCACUCAGAAUGAAACCAAAGCAUCUUAUGCAGAGAGAGUCAUACGGACUCUCAAGACAACCAUGUACAGAUACUUUACAUACAAGCAAACAUACCACUAUCUUCAUAUUUUACAAGAUCUUGUAAGGAACUACAACCACAGACCCCACAGAUCACUGAAUGAACGGGCACCUGCUGAUAUCAACAAAAACAAUGAACCAAUUGUUUGGAAAGAACAGUACGUUGAUCCACUGCACAAACAAGUCAAACCCAAAUCAGAGAAGAUGAAUGAAAGAAGACGGAAAGCCUUUAAAUUCAAAGAAGGGGAUCAGGUGCGACUGUCACAUUUGAGACAUGUCUUUCAACGUGACUAUCAGGAGAAAUGGACAGAGGAAAUAUUCAUUAUUAGCCGACGGUACUUCAGGGAUGGGAUACCAGUCUAUAAAGUCAAGGAUAUGGCAGGAGAUCAUGUCAUUGGUUCCUUCUAUGCGAAUGAACUUCAGAAAGUCUAUAAGUCUGCAGACACCAUGUGGCGUGUAGACAAAGUCUUGAAGAAGAGGAAGAGAGCUGGUAGAAAAGAGGUGUAUGUUAAAUGGAUGGGUUAUCCUAAGAAAUUUAACAGCUGGAUCCCAGAGCAGGACCUCCAGGGUGUAUAA